GCAGUAAUGAAAGGAGGGAUAGUGUGGAAAGACUAGGCGGAAGGCGUGGGGAGCUUGGACCGCGGGAAUCGUCGCCGAAAAGGGAAAGCAAGCAAGCAAGUCAUCAAAAGUUUCCUGGUCCCAUUCAACAUUUCCAUCUCCUUCCUUCACACCCGCAUGCCAAUUGCGACCACCCUCUGCCGCCCACGAUAGACACGGUACCAUCACAUCGUAUUCAUCAUGGCCUCCACCACCCCAUCUGAGCGCAUUUCCCUCGCGAGCGUUGCGAUUGCCACGACUGGCCUCAUCGCCUCGGCAGCGGUAGCAUACGCCAUCUACUUUGACCACCGACGACGCAGCGAUCCCAACUUCCGCCGUCAUCUCAAACGCCAGCACAAGAAGGUCUCGCGGCUGGAUGAAGAGUCCGCGCUGGCGGCGGAGAGGGAGCAGAAGGACCGGGUGAAGCAAGCAGUGCAGGAGGCGAAUGAGGAGGGCUUCGAGCGCGACCCUGAGAAGACGGAGCAAUACUUCAUGCAACAAGUGGCGCUAGGAGAGCAGAUGUGCACGGAUGGGAGUGACCCGGUCGAGGCGGCGUUGUGUUUCUACCGUGCGCUGAAGGUCUACCCGCAACCCGGCGAGCUGGUUGGCAUCUACGACAAGACCGUUCCAAAGCCAAUUCUUGAUGUCUUGGCCGAGAUGAUUGCCGUGGACCCCAGCAUAUCUGUCUCCGGAUCGCGCAUGGGCUCUGGAUCGGACGAUGGAUCCGAUCGGGUGGAGUAGAGAGGAGAGUGUAAGAGGGAAAGAGAUGGUUCUACCCUUCGGCCGUGUCAUUAAUACAUGCGGGAUUGGCGAGUUGCGUGGUCUCCGACUAGAGGCGGGAACAUACCGUGCAUGGCAGCGGCGUUUGAUGCAAUGCGGGCAGGGGAAGGCCAUCCUUCUGUUCGUACUUUUGACGCUCUCAUCUCAGCAGCGCGCGCCACUCAAGGGCCGGCCCUCUAUCAACGUGGUGUGUACGAUAUACAUUCAAUGGUCAGCGCGAGUUUCAAACGAAGCAACUCGCUGCUUGGCUCCAGACAAAAUGCAGCCUUCUCAGCUUUUACUUCCACAUUUCUUCUAUAGAUUAG